AUGUUGAUACAAACACUCAACAUCAACGAUCGAGAUGUUCAGCUCAACACAGGCUUGUUCAUCGGCGGCGAGUUCGUCAAGCCUAAGGUCGACAAGACAUUCCCUGUCGAAGAACCUAGGACAGAAAAGAGUAUCAUCGAGGUAUCUGAAGGCUCUGCCAACGAUGUCAACAUCGCAUUCCUGCUGAAGCUCGCUGAUCUGAUGGAGAGGCACUUUGACGACAUCCUGGCUAUCGAAAUGCUCGAUACUGGCAAGGCAAAGAAGCAAACAGCCAAUCUCGACCUACCAGGCUCAAUCGGCACACUCAGAUACUACGCUGGAGAGAUCCCCUGGAACUUCCCACUACUGAUUUUCAUCUGGCAGAUCGCGCCUGCUAUCGUAACAGGAAACACCGUUGUCAUCAAGUCAGCUGAAACAACGCCUCUUGAUGCACUCUACAUCUGUGGUCUCAUCAAGGAAAUUGGCUUGCCUCUUGGUACCAUCAACCUCCACAUGGACAUCGACAAGGUCGCCUUCACUGGAUCAACAGUCACUGGCCGCGCUGUCCUUCGCGCAGCAGCAAACUCCCACCUCAAAAAGGUCACCCUCGAACUUGACGGUAAGAGCGCCAACAUCGUGUUCCCCGACGUUGAUCUUGAGAAGGCUGUCGCCUGGAGCACAUGGGGCAUCAACAUGAACUACGGCCAGACCUGCCAUGCUGGAACGCGCAUCUACGUGCACGAAGACAUCUACGACAAGUUCACUGAGCUGUUCACUGCAGGCAUGGAGGAAGUGACCGUCGGUGGCAACUUCGAUGAGAACACCAAUCAGGGCCCACAGAACUCGAAACUCCAACACAACAAGAUCAUCGGCUAUCUCGAGGCUGGGCAGAAAGAGGGCGCUACCGUUGCUCUUAGUGGCAAGGCACAUGAAGCCCCAGGGGGCGGAUACCUCAUCCAGCCUACUAUCUUCACGAACGUUACACCUGAGAUGAAGAUCGUCAAGGAGGAGAUCUUCGAACCUGUGGUCACAGUCACGAAGUUCAAGACUGAGGAAGAGGUGCUUGAGCUGGCGAACAACAUAAUGUAUGGUCUGGCUGCGGGUACUCACACAAUUGACUACCAGCGGGCGAUCAGGGUGACGAACAAGAUUAAGGUAGGCACGGCGUGGAUCAACAUAUUCAACUUGCGCACUAGAGUAUUCCGUUCGGCGGGGUAUAAGGAGAGUGGUAUUGGACGUGAGUGUGGUGAGGCGGCGCUGGAGAACUACACUAUGACGAAGGCGGUGUUCUUUAAAAUGGGAGUCGAUGCACCGCAGUAA